AGGCUGCCAGCACUACCGCUAACCACCACCCCAUGAUCCUCAUUUCGCCCAGCACCAUGAUCUGCAUCGGUCCUUCUGUCUCGUCAGGCUCUGCCUUCUCUGGGGCAGGCCAUGUGGUCGCCGCGUAGGUUUUUUCACACCGUUGCAUCCCACCUCCCCCUUCCUGAAUCUAUUGGCGAAUCUUUUGUGAAAUAUGAGUGCGACGAAAAACGAUGACGAGCUAGCACCGCAGCCUAAAAGAUACGUACUCAGUCUACCCAAACGCGUACGCGUAGCGCUUCCCCCCCUUCAAGUAGACUACUUUUUUUUGCCUCUUCCGGUCCGAGACAGCGUAAAAAGACCUCCAAAUGGCACAGGGUAAGACAUUGCUGGAGCUGGAGAAGAACGCUUUGUCCCGUCCCAUGCUUGACCGAGGGCGGGACACCUUGCAAGACCGAGAGAGCCAGAACGCCACAGCAGCAGCGAGAAAACCCGACGACCAUCGUCCUACUUCGGUACUUGAUCGGCGUCUUUCCGUCUCCUUUUCGGACGAGCAAACCCCUGAGGCCGCCGCGGUCCAACGCCGGGUCUUGCCGGCAGUGCGAAAAUGGAAAGCCACCGUUCUAGAGACGAAGCGCCGCGUGCGGGACUGGAACUUUUUGUUUUGGUACCUGCUGCCCGGCUAUUACCUGGUCGGGAUUGCGGCUUACGUGUUCACCGACGCGUCGGCCUGGGACGACAAAUAUUUUCCCAGCAUGACAGAAAAGCCCCCAUUAGUGGACUGCAUCAUCCAGGGAGCGUACUACGCCACUCAGGUGCUGACCACCAUAGGCUACGGAGACGUCAUCCCAAUAGCGGACUACCUCCGGCUUCUGAACGCGGUCUACAUAAUCGUGGGUCUCAUUUUGGUAUCCACAUCCGUCUUCACGCGUGUCGUCCAGGACCAAGUCGAGAGACGGUAUUAAAUGUAUGACCGGGCAGCAGAGGUCUGGCGAGCCUGUGAGUCCAGGCCUAGGAUGGUCGGUCUGUAUUUUAUGCAUCGAGUAGUACUAGUGUCACGGUAACCAAAACCGAAGUCAGAUCAGCGCAGCGAUGACACGGAUGUUUUUGUGUCGUUUUCCCGCCCUCCCGCCCUGUUUUGUGAGGAAGGCGAAUUUUACAGCGGAGAGAUCAUGAGGCUUCGCGCCGCUUUGCUGGACAGAAGCCUUCUCGUCUUCUUUCGUAAGGGGGUUAGCCCACCGCGUCUUGUUAGGUGCUUGCUCGCCUCCGUGUCGGGAGAGGAACGAAUCCAACGACGAUCAUCCAAUGUUGAUCUCUCUGUUGCUACUUUAGUGUCAUAAAAUGUAUGCCCGGGCAGCAGCAGGCUAGCGAGCCUGUGAGCCUAGGCUGAGGAUGGUCGGGCGGUAUUUUAUGCCCGUGUCCGCCCUCAGCCCUUUCGUUUACGGUAGCCAGGACUUGAGAAGAUUAGUCAGGACAACCCACCGACUUUCGGGGUGGUAUUUGUUUCGCCUUCUCUUGUUCCCAGGGAGUAACGCCCCUGCCGUUGGUAGUAAGUCUCGUUUGGCCCGCUUUGCGGAUGAUUAGUCUCGUUUGGCCCGCUUUGCGGAUGAUUUGGCCCGCUUUGCGGAUGAUUAGUCUCGUUUGGCCCGCUUUGCGGAUGAUUUGGCCCGCUUUGCGGAUGAUUAGUCUCGUUUGGCCCGCUUUGCGGAUGAUUUGGCCCGCUUUGCGGAUGAUUAGUCUCGUUUGGCCCGCUUUGCGGAUGAUUUGGCCCGCUUUGCGGAUGAUUAGUCUCGUUUGGCCCGCUUUGCGGAUGAUUUGGCCCGCUUUGCGGAUGAUUUGGCCCGCUUUGCGGAUGAUUUGGCCCGCUUUGCGGAUGAUUUGGCCCGCUUUGCGGAUGAUUUGGCCCGCUUUGCGGAUGAUUUGGCCCGCUUUGCGGAUGAUUUGGCCCGCUUUGCGGAUGAUUUGGCCCGCUUUGCGGAUGAUUUGGCCCGCUUUGCGGAUGAUUUGGCCCGCUUUGCGGAUGAUUUGGCCCGCUUUGCGGAUGAUUUGGCCCGCUUUGCGGAUGAUUUGGCCCGCUUUGCGGAUGAUUUGGCCCGCUUUGCGGAUGAUUUGGCCCGCUUUGCGGAUGAUUAGUCUCGUUUGGCCCGCUUUGCGGAUGAUUUGGCCCGCUUUGCGGAUGAUUAGUCCCGCUUUGCGGAUGAUCGUUUGGCCCGCUUUGCGGAUGAUCGUUUGGCCCGCUUUGCGGAUGAUUUGGCCUCCGUUUGUCGGAAAUUUUAUUUGGCCUCCGCUUGUCGGAGAAUGUGGCUUCCUCCAGUUGAAAGUUCUGCCCUUCGCUCGUCGGAUGAUCUGGCUUGGUCCGCUGUGCGGGAGUUUUUGGAUUCCGUAUGUCGGAAUAUUUUCCUUUUUUUUGUUGCCCGCUACUUAUGCGGGAUAGAUGCUGUUUGACCGUUCUGUCCUCGGGGCAACGAACAGUGAUCGGUCUCGCUUUGCGAUGGGAGGAGGGGUCGUUUGGCACUGGCGGUUCGAACCCGUUACCCUUGCGAACUUUCUCCCUGACUACAGCGCUGGACCUGGUUGGGUCUGUUUUUGAUAGGUAUCCGGACUUCCCCUCCCUUCGCUAAUAUGCGAGUCUCAUUUUGGUAUCCACAUCCGUCUUUCACGCAAGUCGAGAGACGGUAAUGUACGUAAACGUGGACGAGCGAGGGCUUUCGUUUUUCUUUUUUGCAGAACAAACUACAUCACGUAAAAGACGAACUGGCAUUUACAUCAUGCUUGUUCUCUUUAUUGAGACAGGCUAAAGAGCUUUUCGUGCUUCUUUCGCUAGACCACCGCGCAGCAGGAACAGGUAGUAGAGAAGUACCUGGAGACCACCUGCUCCGGCUCCGCUUGAAUGUCGUAUUAAAUUCUGUGCUGAACAAGCGUGUGUAAAAUAGAACAGUAUCUAUACGAACAACUAUGCCAUCAAAAACGUAAAUUCAGGAUCGACCGCGUCACUGUUGCACGGAAAUCGAUGCAGCUCGCCCGGAUGAAGAUGAACGCGGCAGGGCGUGCGGAGCUCCAGAAAGAGCUCGACGACCACGCGGAGGCGGAAAGGGUUCGCAAAUUAAUGAAGGCAUUUGUGCUUUGCGUGGCGCCCCUGCUGGUGGGCGGUGCUAUUUACGGCUACGUGCUUGAGUGGAACCUUUACGAGGCCGUAAAUUGGGCGGUGGUUACGAGCAGCACCACCGGCUUCGGCGGGCUGUACAUUGACCACCGGUGGUUGCGAGCUUUCAGCAUUGUGUGGAUGAACAUCGCGGUGGUCUCCUUCGCGUUAGGAACCGCAACGCUUUCCUCCGUUCUCACAGCGCAUUGGUCGCAACACGAUGUAGACAGGAGUCUUCAGGAACUGAAAGGAGAUGACAGCACUGCAGGAGACGGAACUUCGAAGUCGGACGACCUAUGACAAGUCACAAGAAAUCCUCGUUGCCCUCUGGAGCAACAGCUGCAAAAAUACAGCUUUAUCUUCGUGAAAAAUAAUCUACACGCAAGGGGUCAAUCUUUGUCAAGCAACAUGGCAUAAAGAAAAGGCGAAGAGAACGAGGGCGCUUUUCUAGCCUCUCUUUAUCGUACAAUCACGAGCAGCGUAAGAAAGAAAAGAAAAUGUAAGUAUAUGAGUUACUGCCAGUGACGAUGCAUGCGCUUGGUUUUUUGCGGUUCUGGAAAAAAAAGAACAACAACAAAGGCACCACCAACGACGGACUCUUUUUAAUAUUGAGCAACGCAAAUAGGUAGGACGCAGAGGACUUGUGCACUCUCAUAAGACCCACUCGACGAUGAAGGAAUGCAACAUCUGUUCUUCGACGCAGAUGCGCUGGCGCAAGUGACGUCCGUCCGUGGUCUGGCAGAUCUGCUGCUGAACUGCGAGCGGAUCACCAGUGGUGAAUAUGAGGGCAUUUGUACGGCAUUGGAAGGCAGUAAAAAUUUCCUACCCACCGAAGACAAGAAGAACGCGAAUAAUGAUAUAUCAUUGUAUGAUGACCAGGAUCGGUUCAACGAGUGGAGGAAAUAA